GUGUUUAUUGUUGAUUAUUGUUGAUUAUUGGUGAUUAUUGUUGAUUAUUGGUGAUUAUUGUUGAUUAUUGGUGAUUAUUGUUGAUUAUUGGUGAUGAACACAAAUGUGUUUAACAGUAUUUAUUGAGUUUCGUAAGAGCUGCUGACUGAACUCAGUUCUUUGGACUCAUAAAGCAGCGUGAACAGAUAACAUUCAUUAUGUGUGUGCGCUGCUUAUGAAGGUGUUCAUGACAUUGACCUUGAAGAGUGACUCUGAACAAACUGUAUGAUCUCGUCCCGUCUCGUGUAGGACUGUAAGGAAUAUUCUCCGUCAUGCGCAUCAUCACGUCUGCUCACACGCGACUCGUGGGGGCCUCCGUCCUGCUCGCGUGCGUCAUGCUACACACCUGCAGCGGCGAGUCGGACAACGAUGUUGAGACGUGCCACUCCAGAAAGCAUCAAGAUGUCAUGGUCGAUGUGCGUUCGGUGCUGGCCAAUCGAGUGACCGUCAUGAGAACUCGACAGAGUCCAUCAGAGAAGGACUGUGUCAUGUCCUGUUGUUCAGAACGCGUGACCCCAGGUGUGAGGUGUAAUCUGGUUGUGUAUAAGCCUCCGGAGAAGACUAGCGGUGAGAACUGCAUGUUGUUCCACUGUCCCAGCGAGCAGCACUGUCCUCUCAUAGCGGCCAAAACUGGAGUCAACACCUACAACUCCUUCAAGGGUUUGACUCAUCCAACAACUAAAGUAUAUGAAAGAACAACAGCCAAACUGAGAACAACCACGACAAGACCUACAACAACAACAACAACCACAACACCUACAACAACAACCACGACAACACCUACAACAACAAUCACAACAACAAUCACAACAACCACGACAACACCUACAACAACAACCACAACAACAACCACGACAACACCUACAACAACAACCACAACAACCACAACAACAACCACCACCACAGCACCAGCAAAAACGACUGUCACAAACACUUCAGAAACCACCAAAGAAACGUUCACUGAGUCAGACAUUAUUCUGGUUACCAUGCCGAUGAAUCCACCCACAACCACAACAACAACAACCACUCAGUCCACCUCUAGAACCACCACAAAACCUUCUCCAACAACAAGAAGCUCAAGCACCACCAGCACGAAGGCCGCACGCGCCCCUGCGCAUCCUCCUGUCAAACCCAACAGACCCAAAAAACCACAUGUGGUCAAACCCGUCAGAGUGACAAAAAUGCCUACGACACAACCGAUCACCACGACUACCACACAGAAACCGACAACUAUAACCACCACGACAACCACAACCACCACGACAACGGUACCCACGACGACCACCACGACAACGGUACCCACGUCGACCAUGACGACCACAACGACAGCACCUGCCGCCACUGAGCGCAUAGCGGUGCUUAAAAUUGAGAAUGAUUCCAAGGAAAGAUCUCUGGAUCGGGAUUCUCUGGGGCCUCCUGUGCUCGGCUCUGCUCCAGGGAAGCCCAAAGUGUCCCGGAUGAUGUGGAAGAACAGUCUGGUGACCAUCGUGGUGAUCACUUUGGUCUUCCUCGUUCUCAUUCUGGCUUUGGUGGCUCGUAAAGCGAUGGAGUCCUUCGACAGACGCCACUAUACGAGACUGGAACUCAACGACCUUCAUUAUGAAAUAUAAAAAUCAACACGAGAGACGAUCCGAGCGGUUCUUCUUUGGGGAGACACGUUUCCCGCCAAAUUACUGGAGGAAAUGGGUUAGGUGUUUGAAUUACAGUCAGACUACAGUCAGAGAGAAUAAAGAAGAAUAAAAAGCAAUACAUUGAACUCAGGAAGCAGCAGAUGCUGGAAUCACAGGGGAAAUAUUCAAUGAUGUUUCUGAUAUGAAGGGUUGUAAGAAGUGUGUGUGUGUGUGUGUGUGUGUGUGUGUGUGUGUGUGUGUGUGUGUGUGUGUGUGUGUGCGUGUGUGUGUGUGUGUGUGUGCAGAAUGAAAGAGGACUUCAUUGAGAUUCAUCUCAUUCAACACUGUAAAUAAGGUUGUCAUGGUUGGCUGUAAUUCAGUGUGUUUAUUUGUGUUUUGCACCAGUCCAGCUCUCACUGAUGAUGCAGAUCUUAUUGUAUUUCAACACACGUGUUUUAAUGGCACUGUAUGAUUUCAUGUAAUUGUAUGAGCGGCACUGGCUGUAGGUAAACUAUUGUAAUUCACGGAAGAAAAUUGCCAGAUUGAUUUCCUGAAAUGUGUUUUGUAAUGUGAGUGUUGAUGGCAGCAGAAACUGAUCGGCUGCGUGCGACACAUUCAGUUCAUCUCUGUAAUUCACUUUCUGUGUUAUUCAGCUGUAUGUUGUUGGUAUGUUUUGAGCUGUGGCUUUUACACAGAGAUUUGUGUGAUUGUUUUUCCAUUGCAAGA